AUUAUCUCAUCAUUUGUGUAACAAGAAGACGACACAAAACGGCACCUCUAUUCUAAUGUUCCUUUUGUCACUCUCGCGUGAUAUAUUAUUGUGAAAUGAAAUAGAUGAAUAAUUUAAUUUCCUAAUUGUUUUCAAUUUUUUAAGAAGAUUAUUUUGCUUGACCUUUUCUAUAAAUUCCUAAUAUAACCCAAUACCGCGGUGCACGCGAAUUCGAUAUUAAAAUAUUAAUUUGUGAUGUAACAGGGAGUAUGGGGCAGGUAUGGGGCUAGAGAGCCCCAACUGGGGUCGUGAAGGUGGCAGCACCGAGAGUAGCCGGUGGUGCUCUCUGUAGUGGGUGGCGAGUGCAGCAUUGUUUACUGUUUUGGCUUCCCAUGCUGGCAUUGCUGUUUUAAGACGCCACGUUUUUGUGUUUUCAACGAUCAUUUUAUUUUUCUGUGCUGUUUUGUUUAAAAAUGACGACCAUUAGGAGAAAACGACGUGCCGCUCAAGAUAUCCAAGAAGAGGACACGAUCGAAAAAACAAACGAUUACGGAAUCUGGGUCUGCUUUGAUAUUGACAAGGCUGAUUAUGUUUAUCGAGCAUACCAACUCGAUUUUUUCCGGGAACUGGAAUAUGAAAAGGCCUCGUCCUACGUAGGAAAAUCCGUAAAAAUUCGGUUGAAGAAAAAGGAAUACGACGCGGAGGUGAUUAAAGUGCACCUGGAACCUGACGUUCUGGAUAAGGAGUUGGACGAGCUGUUAAGUGAGAUAAAUGAUAAAGAGGUCUUUCAGCCUUUAACUGAAGAAAACAAAACAAAGGCUGGCCGCAAACCGAAGCCAUCUAUUAAGGUGGUGGAAUCCACUGAAUGCAAGGACAAGAAAAAACUAUUAGCCGCUAAACGUUUGAAAAAUGAUCACAGCAAGGAAAAACGCGAGGCACUAAAACUGAAGGUUCAUGAAAAUGAGGAAAAGUCGUCCGCAAUUGCUGAAAAGCUUAACCAAAAAUUUUCCCACUUGGUUGAAGACGAAUCAAGUGAAGAAUAUUUUGAUGCGAAUAUUAAGUUAUCUGUUUCUGCUGAUGCCUAUUCGUCGAUGAAAAAAACCCGAGACGAAGCUUUGGAAAGAUUUCAAAAAUUGGAGCAGAAGUACGAAAGACUGACUGCCGAAAGCAAAAAGAUUGCCGAGGAAAAUGUCUCCCUACAACUAAAAAUAUCUUCCCUUGAGGACGAAAAACUAUCUUUCUUGAAGGAUCUUGAAGGGAAAAAAGCAUUGGAAGCUGCUCUUUUAACCCUUCAGCAAUUGAUUUCUGAUCUCAAGGACUUCAAAAGUUCUAAAAAAAAUGAGGAAUAUUGUGAAGAUCUUAUACGUUCAACAAUUGAAGGCAAACAUCGGAUCAAAACCCCCGAACUUGCCCUUUCCCCAGAAGCAGAAAUUGAAGAAGACGACUCAUUGGUGUUUUCCAGCCCAAAUGGUCAAAGCACAUUUAUAAAUGGUGAUGAUGACUUCGAUGUUGACGUUGGCAUUCAUGAAGAAAUGACCUCUCAUGACACUGAAGAGGAGGCUUCUAAAAAAGAUGACAACAAUGACAAUUUGGACGGCUUGGAUAAAAAUUCCACACCAGAACCUAGAAUUCAGAAAGGAAAGUUAAAAAAGGCUAUUCCGGUUGCUAAAAUCCAUAAUUUCUCUGACGUCUACAAAAGAUUACAUAAUAAUUUGGAACGCCAGCUCAAGUAUCCUAUUGGCCAUGAGAUAUACAACUCUAAAGAGGAAAUGAAGAUGCUUAGCUCUUUGGUUGGCGUAAUCAGAAGUGAUUAUCGCAGAUUAUUGCGACAGUGCCACACCCCAGGUGCUUUAAUUGGAGGAACUAUGAGAUUAGCUGUGACAACCGAGGCCUUAACAUACUGCUCUGUUAUGGGCCAAUCUAAAGGACGCUCGGGGAAGCCCCCAAAACCAGGACUUCACACUGUCAUUACUGAUUCGCUUUUGGAUUCUGUUAAAGAUGCAAGACUACGUCACUUGAAAUAUGCAGAAAAGGUCAAGGCGCAAGGUUUUAUGGACAAGGACAUGGCUAAUAAUCCAAUUAAGCCAAAGAACAUGGACACUGACUGGACAACGAAAAAGUGCGAAGACCGAGCUGCCCUGAAGAGAGCACUCAACAAACUCCUGGGCAAAUUUUCCUCUGACGAAGAUGAAGGUGCUUCAACAUCAUCUCAGCAACAGCAACAGCAAAAUCCGACAGAGAGCAACAAAGAAAGCAACAAAAGUUUAGUGAUUGUGCCUCCUAAUUAACAAAACAGAAGCAGUGUGGAGACUGUGCUAUUAAUUUUAUAUUUUUCUUUUACAAACUUAUUCUGUAGUUCCAUUGUGUACAAAUGCCCUUUUAAAAAGUUUGUGCAAAUUUUCACCAUCCCAAUAUUUUGGUUGUAUUUUACAGUCAAUAUCAUGUAUUUUAAGAAAUGAAAUUUUUUAUUUCUUUUAAUUUUUAACCAAAUUUUGUAACUUAUUGCGGGAACUAUCAGAGGCACUAUUUCAUUCUCUGUCAGAAGGGAACAGAGAGGGGGAACCAUUCAAGGAACAGAGAGAGGGAACUAUAUAGGGAACAGAGAGAGGGAACUAUAUAGGGAACAGAGAGAGGGAACUAUUCGGGGAACAGAAAUGGGGAACUAAGCGUCAAGGGAACUAAGUGCAAAAUGGCUACUAAAAUAGUACCCGGGAACCAAGUCUCUGAAGAACUAUCUGGGGAACU